ACGGCGCCGUUUAAGUAGAAGGUGGCUUGACUGCUUCGGCGAUGCUUUCGCUCUCGUUGCGUAAGAUUUACAUCUCCAUUGAAGCGGAGGCUGAGAGAAGAUAACAAUGGAGUUGAGCUUGGAGGGUGAAAGAGUAAUUUUGGUUCCAUACAUGGCGGACCAUGUCCCUAUGUACCAUCAAUGGAUGCAGGACCCAGCUCUCCUCCAAGCCACGGGCUCCGAGCCGCUCACUCUCGAGCAGGAGUACGAGAUGCAAGUCUCGUGGACCCAAGAUCCCAACAAGCGGACUUUCAUUGUGUUGGAUAAAGAUUUUGUAAAGGGAGAAUUCUCUCAUGGCGAUCCCGGCCUCGAAGCCAUGGCAGGAGAUGUGAACAUUUACAUGAAUGAUGUGGAUGAUUCCAAGCUUGCAGAGAUUGAGAUAAUGAUCGCUGAUCCCAAAAGUCGUGGUAAGGGAAUAGGAAAGGAGUCUGUCCUGAUAAUGAUGGCUUAUGCCGUCAAGAAAUUAGAGAUUCACACAUUCCGUGCGAAAAUUGGAGAAUCAAACUCAGCGUCUCUCAGCUUAUUCCGCAAACUGGGUUUCGAGGAGGCAUCUUACAGCGAAAUCUUCAAAGAGGUUACUCUUGAACUUCCGGUGACAAAAACCCGUCGAGAAGAGCUCUUGGAGUUGAUCGGGAAGGCGAUCACACACACAAGCACACCGGAAAACCCGUCAUCCGAUUCGCCAUUGCUAUCAGAAACUCUUGCAUAAGCCCUGGUUUGAUCAGAGGAGAUGAUCGUUGAAUCUGAAUCUGGAAGUGCUUCAAAGUCUUUGAUGGGAAUCUGUCAAAACCUUGUUUUGGUUUGGUGUGUGAAGAUAUUUGUUAGGUGAAGAAAAAUUUUGUAUUUCCCUUUGGUUUGGUACUUUGUGAAAAGAAAAGGGUCGGUCAAAGUUUGAUUCUUUUGUCUAAUAUAUAACCACUGAAAGAGACAUAGUGGUAACAGUAGUUAACAUUAUUCAAGGCAUCUGUCUUAUUGCGCAAGGCAUUAGUAAAUUUAAUCAUGUGAUUAGUGCA